AAAUACUGCGCUCAGGCAGACGGAGGCGACCGUACGCAGCAUCCGAGAACUUCUACCUGCACCCAAGGGACUUCAGUAUUACCCCACCACAGGUAGGAGCACCCUGCAGAGGAGGAGGGCAGCCGAGGAGGACACAGUUGGACCAUGAAGACUGUGGUGGCUCUGCUGCUGCUCUGCUUGUGUGAUCCUGGAUGGACUGACUGCCAGGCAGACUGCGUGUCCUGCAGCAAUAUCCUGCCCACACACCUCAGUUUUAAGCCCCUGGUAUGUCUCAUUGAGUGUGAGGCCAACGCGGCCCCAGCCUCCUCCUGGGACUCGUGUCGCAGGGCGCUGCUGCUACCUCUCUCCUCCCUGAGCGGCGCCCUCCAAAGAAGAUCGCAGGAGGAGGUGGAGGCCCUGUUUCCCGAGGAGGAAACGCAGGUGGAAGGAGGUCUGCUGCUGCCCGUGGAUUUGCCGAGGUUUGUUCACGCGAACCAGGCGCUGGGAAUGGACCAGAGGGGAGUGACUGGCAACCAGCUGAACGCGGCCUACAAGUCCGAGGAUGCCAUUUCCCUGGAGGACGAGUAUGAGGAGGAGGAGGCGGAGCAAGGGGACGGCCACAGUGACUCGGCAGCGGGGCCGCAGGCCGAUUUAGGGCUGAGCAUCUCCAAGAGGUUCGGGGGCUUCGUCAAAGGGAGGCACGGCUACAGGAAGCUCCUGUCUCCGGUGAGGGCGUUCCAGAAGCGCUACGGCGGCUUCACCGGCAUCCGGAAGUCCGCGCGCAAAUGGAAUAACCAGAAACGAUUCAGCGAAUUCCUCAAGCAGUACCUGGGGAUGAGCACGAGGGCCGCGGAGCUGGACGGCGUGGCCGGCGACCUCAGCCAAGUCUAGCGCCCGCACCUUUCAGCCACUCCCAUUCAACCACCGCCUCGUGUACGUUCGGCCCUGGUCUUUUCAAUUACAAUCACCAACGUGUCGCACCUCAACUGAUGUGACCAAACGCGACCUCCGGAAGCGAAGGCACUGACCAAAACGUAAAACAGAAGCCUGUAAUCGCAAAUGCCUUCGACCCAAAAACAAACCAUUUCUGUUAACGUUUUAUAUCUAUUGUAUUUAUAUUGGAAACACUUUAUGCUUAAUGAUCAAAUUUAUUUGUAUAAUUUGUAAACAUACAGUUUUAGUGGAGGAAAUACAAACUUCCUUAGUGCUUUCUUGACUUGGGUAAACAUUCUCUCACCUGGAGGCCUGUGCCUUUGAUGGACCCCAACAAUCUAUGAAUAACUCACAUACAAACAUAACACAGAGCUACUGAGGCCGUUUGAAUUAGACCAUCUCGUCUUUAAUCUGGUGCAAACACUCAGCAUUCAUUCAUCCGCACACAUAAUCUACUCAUCCUGCCAAACUGAUGUUAUGUGCUAGAAGUGAGCGUCGUGUCUGACUGGCUCUUUUGUACGGACACAUUCCUGGAUGUACAAACUGUAUAUGCUAUUUUGUUCUGUUAAAUUGUGUUUGUGUAAAAUGUUUUCGUCGUCCACUAUGGAAACUUGUAAAUAACCUAAUUUCAACAUGUCAAUAAACAUAGUUUACUAUUUCUUUUGUGGCUUGUCAUGCAGCAAA